AUCAUAAUGGCUGGAAGGUUGAUGAAAAAUCGUCUGUUUCAGAUUACGAAGAUUGUGAGGCAAUUUUCCACACAAAGAUCAAGAUUAUGGCGACCAGACAGUGGAUACACCAUCACAACUGAAGAAAAUGGCAUAAGAACCAUUUGUCUGAAUGAUCCAAAGAAGAGAAAUGCUUUAUCUUUGAAAAUGCUGGAGACUUUGAAGUCUGAUCUCGCAAAUCAGACAGACAGCCUGCGAGUCAUUAUUCUUACUGCAAAAGGACCAGUAUUUUCAGCAGGUCAUGACCUGAAGGAAUUGACAAGCAAAGAAGGUCGAGAAUAUCACAGGCAGGUAUUCCAAUCCUGCACUGAGGUGAUGCUGAUGGUCCAGGAGCUUCCUGUGCCAGUUAUUGCCCAAGUAUCAGGAUUAGCUACUGCAGCCGGAUGUCAGUUGGUAGCUAGCUGUGACAUCGCCGUGGCAACAGAAACGUCUAGAUUUGCGACGCCAGGGGUUAGUGUGGGAUUAUUUUGUUCAACCCCUGCAGUAGCUGUCGGUCGUUCCGUGCCCAGAAAAGUUGCCAUGGAGAUGCUAUUUACAGGACAUCCAAUAUCAGCUCAGGAUGCUCUACUACAUGGCCUUGUCAGUCGAGUGGUACCAGAAGACAAAUUGGAGGAGACAACAAUGGGGAUAGCCAAUCGUAUAUGUGAGACCAGUAAAAGUGUAGUGGCUCUAGGGAAGGCGACAUUCUACACUCAGAUGAACCUAGAGAGGAAAGAGGCAUAUAC